AUGUACGCCUGUGAAACCUGCCCUCGCUACUUCAACAGCUGGUAUGCCUGUCGCCAGCACAUGAACGACACGGGCCAUUGGGGCGUGCGGUACGAAUGUGAAACCUGCGAUGAUCAGUUUUUGACUCAAUGGGAAACUUGCACGCAGAUGUUCCAUACGGAAGGUGCUGCAGAACAGCAUAUGCAGGCCAAAUCCCAUUACAAGAACUACUGCCACCCCUGUAACCGGCGUUUCGAUACCGAGAAUAACCUCAAGAUGCACUUGAAUUCGAAGAUUCACCGCGGUCAAGAGAUCUUCUGUCCUUUUUGCAACGCUGCUUUUACUACGGCCACUGGCGUCGCUCACCACCUUGAAACCGGCUCCUGCAAACGUGCUACAGGCCUCAAUCGCGAGACUAUCUACAAAUUCGUUCGCAGCCGUGACACCCAGGGCGUCAUUACAAGGAAGCUGCUUGAAUGGAAUGAGGAUGACAACAUUCAAUACAAGGCUAAUUCCCGUGCAUACAACGGCGCCUACUGGGAGUGCUACUUGUGUCAUCGGGAAUUCAACAGCUUGACCGCACUUAAUCAACAUCUCAAUUCGCCCGUGCACAAGCAGAAGCUAUAUCAUUGUCCAAACGCGAAGUGUAGGAAGCAGUUUGUUACUAUAGCUGCUCUGUUUAAUCACCUGGAAAGCGAAUCUUGCGCCUUUGUGCGAUUCGAGAAGCACAACACGAUACUGCCACUCAGAAAGCUCAUCGCUGGAUUCAAAUCUGAUGUCUGCUCGUACGGGCCUGAAAUCUACCAGAGCAUAUGGCGCAAUCUCGCUACAAGACUGCUUCAUUGA